CCUAUUUCACAAUAAAUGGAUAAGGCGACGAACACUUCUGCUCAACUCAGCUCGUAACACUUAUUUCCUCACAUUGCAAUGAAAUGAGGGGAGCAUGGGGGCCAAAGAGUCGAGGAUAGGAUUCCUGUCGUAUGACGAGGCCGUCAAGAGAGUCACUGAUGUGGAAUUGAAGCGGCUGAAGGAUGCCUUCAAGAGAACCAGCGGCCUCUCCUACUACAUGACCCAGCAGUGCUUCUACAGGGAAGUGCUGGGAGAUGGAGUUCCCCCUAAAGUUGCGGAGGUUAUUUACACCUCAUUUGGAGGCUCAUCUAAAGGGCUGCACUUCAACAAUCUGAUCGUGGGUCUGGUGCUCCUGACCAGAGGACGCGAUGAGGAGAAGGCCAAAUACCUCUUCAGCCUGUUUGCCAGUGAUCUGGGUGGAUAUGCUGCCAGGGAAGAUAUAGAGGCGGUUCUCCAGGUCCUGGAUGGAGAAGUUCCAACCUCCCUCAAGAAGUGUUUCAGUGAGGGUGACAAGGUGAACUAUGAGCGCUUCAGGAACUGGCUCUUACAGAACAAGGAGGCCUUCACUUUGUCCAGAUGGCUUCUGUCUGGAGGAGUGUGCGUCACGCUCACUGAUGACAGUGACACUCCAACCUUCUACCAGACCCUGGCUGGUGUCACACACUUGGAGGAGUCAGACAUCAUUGACUUGGAGAAGCGCUACUGGCUGCUGAAAGCCCAGUCCAGGACCGGCCGCUUUGACUUGGAAACCUUUGUCCCACUGGUCUCUCCUCCCAUCCAUGCUUCACUGAGUGAAGGCUUGUUUCACGCCUUUGAUGAGAAUCGGGACAAUCACAUCGACUUUAAAGAGAUCUCAUGUGGACUCUCUGCGUGCUGCAGGGGGCCCAUCGCUGAGAGGCAGAAAUUUUGCUUCAAAGUUUUUGAUGUGGACCGUGAUGGAGUUCUGUCUCGAGAUGAACUGCAUGAAAUGGUGGUGGCCUUACUGGAGGUGUGGAAGGACAAUCGCACAGACACACUCCCUGAGCUCCACAGUAGCUUGUCAGACAUAGUAGAGGACAUCCUGAAGAUGCAUGACACAACCAAGCUGGGUCACCUGACCCUGGAGGACUACCAGAUAUGGAGCGUGAAGAGCGCCUUGGCCAAUGAGUUUCUAAACCUGCUUUUCCAGGUCUGCCACAUAGUCCUGGGGCUCAGGCCUGCUACUCCUGAAGAGGAGGGACAAAUUAUCAGGGGUUGGUUGGAGAGGGAGAGCAGACAUGGGCUGCAGCAAGGCCAGAACUGGUUCCUCAUCUCCAUGCUCUGGUGGCAGCAGUGGAAAGACUACGUCAAAUACGAGCAUAAAGGCAUCGUGGUGGAGCAACCCUCCAUCCUGAGCUCACUGCGAAGUCCAAUGGCCACAGCCAUCAUAGAGCCCACCCCUCCGGACAGACUGGGAGGACUGGGAACCUUCAGCAGCCCUGUCAGCCCCACGGAGGAGAGGUCACCCGAUGCAGUGUCCAGUGCCUCAGAGGCUACAGAGACUGCAGCCCUGAGCCCCCAGGUAGCUCCCUCUGCCACAGAGAGCUGUUUUGCCCGUCAGCACAACGUAUCCGACAACAACAAUCAGUGUUUUUCUGGAGCCAAUGGCCACCUCCCCUCCCAGCUGGCAGCACAAAGACCUGGAGCCAUUGACAACCAGCCUCUGGUCAACACCGACCCCAUGAAGGCCCCCACGUUAACCAUGGAGGGUGGCAGGCUGAAGCGCUCCUUGCAGCUGGUGCCUGGUAGAGACUUUGAGACGGUGCCAGAGCCGGUGUGGCGGGCGCUCUACCACUGGUACGGUGCCAACCUCAGCCUGCCGCGACCGGUUAUCCUGGACAGCAAGACGGGCCAGCCCGAGCUGGAGCUCUUCCCCCGCUACGUCCUCUUCCUCCGCCAGCAGCCAGCAACGCGCUCCCCACAGUCCAACAUCUGGGUCAAUAUGGGUAUGACCAGCCUGCGAAUGUUCCCACCGUAUUUACCCCCGCCAAGAGCAGGUAAUGUGCCAUCUCCCAACGCUCCCCUGAAGAGAGUGUUAGCCUACACGGGCUGCUUCAGCCGCAUGGCCACCAUUAAGGACAUCCACCUCUACCUGUCCCAGAGACUUCGCAUCAAGGAGGAGGAUAUGAGACUGUGGCUCUACAACAGUGAGAACUACCUCACCCUCCUGGACGAUGAAGAUCACACACUGGAGAGUCUGAAGAUCCACGACGAACAGCAGCUCGUGAUUGAAGUCAGGAACAAAGACAUGAGCUGGCCUGAGGAAAUGUCUUUCAUUGCCAACAGUAGUAAGAUGGACAGACACAAAGUUCCUACAGAGAAAGGAGCCACUGGUCUCAGUAACCUCGGCAACACCUGCUUCAUGAACUCCAGUAUCCAGUGUGUGAGCAACACCAAGCCUCUCACAGACUACUUCAUCUCAGGGAGACACCUCUAUGAGCUCAACAGAACCAACCCCAUCGGGAUGCGAGGUCACAUGGCCAAGUGUUACGGUGACCUGGUGAUGGAGCUGUGGAGCGGGACACAGAAGAACGUGGCUCCUCUCAAACUCAGAUGGACGAUAGCAAAGUAUGCCCCGCGCUUCAAUGGCUUCCAGCAGCAGGACUCUCAGGAGCUGCUAGCCUUCCUGCUGGAUGGCCUUCAUGAGGAUCUAAACCGAGUCCAUGAGAAACCCUAUGUGGAGCUGAAGGACAGCGAUGGCCGGCCGGACUGGGAGGUGGCCUCUGAGGCGUGGGAGAACCACCUGCGCAGGAACCGCUCCAUUGUGGUGGAUCUGUUCCACGGUCAGCUUAAGUCCCAGGUGAAAUGUAAGACCUGCGGCCACAUCAGCGCUCGCUUUGACCCCUUCAACUUCCUGUCUCUACCCCUGCCCAUGGACAGCUCCAUGCAUCUGGAGAUCACAGUCAUUAAACUGGAUGGAUCCACGCCCGUGCGCUUCGGCCUCAGGUUGAAUAUGGAUGAGAAGUACACGGGACUGAAGAAGCAGCUGAGCGAGCUGUGUGGUCUGAAGCCUGAGCAGAUCCUCCUUGCUGAGCUCCAUACCUCCAACAUCAAGAACUUCCCUCAGGACAACCAGAAGGUGCGUCUGUCUGUAAAUGGUUUCCUGUGUGCGUUUGAGAUCCCAGUGCCAGGUUCGCCAACGUCUCUGAGCUCACCCACGCUGACAGACGUCACCCCAAUAGGUAACGGCUCAGCUGCUAACGGGCACGUGGGCAAUAAGCCCGUCCUCAUCCCUAACGGUGGGCCCAGCACCGUGGUGCCCUGCAGCCCCGAGACACCCCUGGCCAACGGCGUCUCCAACGGACACAUCACACCAGUGCAGGAGAGCCCCUUCAUUGGAUACAUCAUCGCCAUGCACAGGAAGAUGAUGCGCACGGAGCUGUACUUCCUGUCAUCUCAGAAGAACCGGCCCAGUCUGUUCGGCAUGCCCCUCAUAGUCCCCUGCACCGUGCACACCAGUAAGAAAGACCUGUACGACGCCGUCUGGAUCCAAGUGUCCCGGCUCGCCAGCCCAUUGCCCCCACAGGAAGCUAGCAACCACGCUCAGGACUGUGAUGACAGUAUGGGCUACCAGUACCCCUUCACUUUACGGGUUGUGGGUAAGGAUGGCAACUCGUGUGCCUGGUGUCCCUGGUACAGGUUCUGUCGAGGCUGCACGAUAGACUGCACAGAGGACAGAGCCUCUGUGGGGAAUGCUUAUAUCGCUGUGGACUGGGACCCCACUGCUCUGCACCUCCGCUACCAGACCUCCCAGGAGAGGAUCGUGGAGGAGCACUGCAGCGUGGAGCAGUCCCGUCGGGCCCAGGCUGAGCCCAUCAGCUUGGACAGCUGUCUGAAGGCCUUCACCAGCGAGGAGGAGCUGGGAGAGGACGAGCUCUAUUACUGCUCCAAGUGCAAGACCCAUCGGCUAGCCACCAAGAAACUGGACCUCUGGAGGCUGCCGCCCAUUCUGAUUGUCCACCUGAAGCGCUUCCAGUUUGUGAACGGUCGCUGGAUCAAAUCUCAGAAGAUUGUCAAGUUCCCACGGGAGAGUUUUGACCCCAGCGCCUUCCUGGCCCCCAGAGACCUGGAGCAGCACUGCCUCCACUCCCGCAGCGAGAGCGAGGAUCUGCUGAGGGUCGGAGAAGACAACCUGUCCUCCAUCUCUGCCCCCGCUGGUUUCUGCAACCUCCCCAAAGUCUCCCCUGCCUCUAGCAGGAAGUCGGCACCUUCUCUCAGCCGUAACAGCAGCCCAUCCAGCAGCCCAAAGAGCGGCAGCGGGGGCCGCAGGCCAGGCCGGCUACGCCUGCCUCAGCUGGGCAGCAGACACCGCCUCUCCAACAGCAAGGAGAACCUGGAUGGAGCUGCUAAUCCCGAGGCUGAGCCACGGGAGAGCGCGGCACAGGCAGACGCAGAGGGGAGUGUAGUAGCAGGGGCGGCGGGCCUUCCUGGGUCAGGAGAGGGAGCCCCAUCCGAAUCAUCGUGCAGCACUGAGGCGUCCAGCAGCCACUGCGACGUGGUCCUGGUGAACGGCGACAGCAACGGGCUGAACUCAGACUACAGCACCGAGAGCAGCAUGGACCCCGAUAACUCCCUGCUACAGCACAGAGACAACAUGUGCCUGGACGCCAUCUACAACCUCUAUGCAAUAUCAUGCCAUUCAGGAAUCAUGGGAGGAGGCCACUAUGUGACAUAUGCCAAAAACCCCAAUGAGAAAUGGUACUGUUACAACGACAGCAGCUGUAAGGAAGUGCACUCUGAGGAGGUCGACACCGACUCAGCUUACAUCCUCUUCUACGAGCAGCAAGGCGUAGACUACUCCCAGUUCCUGCCAAAGAUCGAUGGCAAGAAGAUGGCCGACACCAGUAGCAUGGACGAAGACUUUGAGUCCGACUACAAGAAAUACUGUGUCCUCCAGUGAUCUCUCCAGUUGUCUUCCAUCAGCCAGCACUACACCCUGCUCUCCGCUGCCUCCCGCCGCCGCCGCCGCCGCCGCCGAGCAGGAAGCGCCAGAUCCUUCAGAUCGUUCUGAAGAAUUCUCAAAACUGCUAAUGACUAGAGUCAGAGCCGUGCUCUCUGCCUUUAGGGAUGCGUUGCAGCACUUUGUACACCCGACCGCGAACACGAAUUUAGCGCAAAGGUUUGCCAAGACGACGACAACAACAACAACAACAACAACAACAACGAAGCCCCGGUGAAAGCACUAAAACUGGUGCACUUUGCUGAGCCCGACAAAACAAACCCUUCCACCCCUUCUCAUGUGAACAUCCCCUCGCCAUAACAUAACCUGUAUCAUAUACUUUCCAUGCUAACACAUCUCUGAAUGUAUGCCAAUGCUUGGCCAAGUCAUAAAAUGAUGUUGCUUUGUUAUAGUGCAUUUAGCCCUUGUGAUGUCAGAGAGAGAAAAAAAAAAAAAACCUGUGAUUUACCUGAAGAGGGAACAUGAUGAUAUCACAGGGUGAAUUCCAGGUGGGAACGUGAGGCCAACGAUUGGAUACAGAUAAAGUUUUCAUGCCAAGUGUAAAAAAAAAAAAAAAACACAAACCUGUGUGUUGAUGUCACAUUUGAUGCCACAGGUCAGCAUUCAGGGGGAAUUUGGGAUGUCCAGUAUAGUUUUUUUUUUAAAAAAAAAAGGGUUCUCCAAAGGUUUUAUUAGCGAUAGUGUCACUUAGGAAAAUAUUAGUCAUACGCUACCUCAUCGCUUCUCGCAGUCCGUCGGCCAACUGAACCCUAACAUUCUGUGACAGUAUUAAUAAUAAUAAAAGUAAAAUGCUUCCUUCCUGUGUAGGAGACAAGAUACACACAUUUCAGCCCCCCUUCCCCCGCCCCACAGGAUGCUCACACAGAUCCUGACGUCCACAUGAAACUCGGCAUUUUAUUUGCCAAAGCGUUCAUCCCUCAGCUGCCAAAAAAAAAAAAAACAAAUCAGUGGUGAAUUUGUGCAAUGUUGACCUGUGUGUGUCCAUAAGUUCCCUGAAAAAAAGGCUUGAGCGUGAUUCUUAGUUUGCGUAGGACAGGUGCCAUGAUUUCAGACAAGAGACGCUUAAAGAUUAAGAUACAGUAUAUGUUUAAUACGUUUUGGGGGUUGUUUUUUUUCCCCGUUUGAUUCUGCAAAUGCAUUGUUUUUAUAAAAGAUUUAUAAGUUAUAAGUUUUAAGGCAGGUUCAGGAAUGGAUAUUGAUCUCACACACAGCCCACACCUGGAGGGGCCACAGGCUUAUCCUCACAGCACUGUCACAGCUGUCAACAGUUUGAGAUUCAGACUCCUCUGUAAUACUAAUGUUCAUACUCUCCUCCCCUGUAAAAAAAAAAAAAACAGGAACCGUUGGGAUGUUUUACCUGCAUUUUAACAUAAUAUUAUUUAAAGAGUAACUUAAAAAAAAAAAAGUUAGCAUCUCACUCCCAUCGCACCACUGAACUCAUGAUGGACAGUUCAAAAAUCUGAAUCAGUGCAUUAGAACCAAAGAUAUUGUCUUUUUUUGUUUUGUUUUUAUUCCACACCUCCUCCUUUUUUUUGUCAAACCCCAGCUUCUACAUUACCCAUAAUGCAGCUCACCUGCCGACAGUUUGGCUGGAGAUUCAUGUGUGUUAUGAGAGUAGCGGCUAAUGUAGUCGGCUCCCUUCUUUCUAACUUUGAACUUGAUUUUUUUUCCUGUUCACACCCAGCCGAUGCUGACUGGUGUCGCUUCUUUUGAGCACAUGUAUCGGCCACAGUGUCACAGGUGGAGCCACAGAUCGGACGGCCUCACAGAUGCACUAAACACUGCUGUAAACAGACUGUGAUGUGUGGGGUCCCUGGACUUUCCCCCCUGGGAAAGCAACCAAAGCCUGUUGAAUCUGUUCGAGCUGUGGUGCACAUCAUCUGGACUGUAGUUAGACCUGGACCCAACAUUUAGAUAAUCUUGUUUUGUUUUGUUUUUUAAAUAUACCCAUUUCAUGGAAAUUCUGAAUUCUGUCCGUCUUCUCACCCAAAAGGUUUGACUGUGAGUGUUGAGGUUAGUUUGAAACGAGUAAGCCCACGCUGUCGCUGCGGUGGAGUCCAGGCAGCGGAGCUUCCUGCGCGGCGUUCUCUCGUCCCUGUGCUCCUGGGCUCGGUCUAAUCACUGUGAAGGGACGGCAGACGGCAGAUCAGUGGCUCCUGAUGAUUUCCCCACUUCUGUCUUCUAGAUCACAGGAGAUGAAUCUCUGUGCCCCCCCCACCCCCCUUUUUUUCUUUUAGCUGCUGUAUUUAUGAGAAUAGUGGUGUCAAUGUGGCCUCGUUCGGAGAGAGAGAGCCGUCACUGAAUGAAACUUUAUUUUCCUUUGCGAAAAGUACGUUUGUUGAACAAAUGGAAAUGUAUAUGAGUGCUAUUUAUGUUUGCUUUGCACCCCCUCCUUCCCCUCCAUCCUAAUGCCUUUGCAAUGAGCUGUAGACCCGUGUCCAGUUUGUGCCCGUGUUUGUCAUCACAUGGCUCAAAUGAAAGGAUUUGUCUCUCCACUACCCAACUGAAAAAUGCUCAAAUGCUCAGCUGUCAAACUUGUUUUCUUCACCUCUGGUUGCGAAUGCGCCCAUCAAACGAUUACUCGUGUGAUGCUAAGCUCAACACACCUGUAGCUUAAACUGUAAUAAUUAAAAAAAAAAAGAAAGAAAGAAAGAAAGAAAAGAAAAACACAGCAUUUAAAGUUGGGGUUAAUUUCAGCACAACGUUUCAUAAUCCAGGUACAAAGAGUUUCUGCCCGAUGGAACUGAGCUUUGAUGCUGAAAACACUGGGCUGAUAUCUCAACCUCACCCCUCACCCCCACCCUGCUGUCCCCACCUACCAGAAGAAUAGUUCAGUGUUGCAGGCAGUGCAAUCUACUACUGAGCUGUCUGUCAGUGUCUGUAGCCUCUUUUUUUUUAUUUAAGUUCACUUCUGUCGAAUCUGAACCAGAUUUAAUUUAAAGAUUUUUUUUUUUUUGUAAGGUGUUUGUUGAAAGAAAGUGACAUUGCACUGACAUGAAAAACAUGUACAUAAAAAAAAAUGUGUUUUGUAAAUAAGCCAAUGAAAACUAUGUAUUUGAAUAUGAACUGUACAAAAUACUGUACUUGUAGUUGUAUAUGGAGUGAUACCGUUGAUCUGUAACAAAAUACCCAAGCAACAAAAUUAAAUUCUGCAGAGGAAACAAAGAUCA